GGUUGCUCUUCGGGGGCUAUGCGGAUGCUUUCUUGACUUGAUGAUUUGCAAAAUGUGACAUAAUAUCUCAGUGCUAAACUUUUCUAUACCUAUUUUUAUGUUGCCUUGUUUGGAAAAUGUUUGGAAAAAGAUUUAUUUGUCUUUGUUAGCUUUUUUUGCUGUUUAACUGAUGUGAUUUAUUAUUACAAAAGCGUUAGGUUUCUGUUAAUAUACAAUACAUACCAUUUUUUACGUGUAACUAUUCUUUAACUAAAUCUUUACCAUGGUGCCAGAAAGUUUGGUGUCUCUAACCUCUAUAGACUCUAAAGCACACACUACUGCAUGGAUUUUCGCAUCGGUCUUAUCACUGAUAGUCUCUAAUCUCCAACACGGCAUGCAUCUUGUCGUCUCCUCCUUUGCUUCUUACUCCCUGGGUUGACGAGCAUAAAUCAACUCUCAGUGCAAUAUAAUCCCUUUUUACCACAGAGCCCUGCAGCUCCUUUUUCCGCUCGCACACUCUCACCCUUCUACGUUCUCAGGUGUUCAGGUGUGUCUUUACAUGCUUCCACCUUUACAGUGAUCGCUUCACAAUCCAUUACUGCCUGCUGCGUGGACAUUUGAAGACACUGAAUGGACAUCUUUCAAUAUAUUUCUGCACAGGAUCUGCUCUAUUUAAUAUCCCAUGAUUUUCCCAGCCAAAGCAACAAUGUGGAUGUGUGCAGCGCUGAUCUUUUUUUUGGUGGAGCCAGCUCACUUACAGGAAGAAUGUGAAGGGAGCUCGUGCCACCCCACGCUUGGUGACCUUAUGGUGGGCCGUGCUGCUCACCUCUCUGCUUCAUCCACCUGUGGCCUAAAUAGGCCUCAGAGCUAUUGCAUCCUGGGUUACCUUGAGGAUGAUCAGAAAUGUUUCACCUGUGACUCAAGAAGCCCCUACAAUCGAUACAACAACCGUAAUAGCCACCAAAUAGAAAAUAUCAUCACCACCUUCGAGCCAGAGCGUAAGAUGAAAUGGUGGCAGUCUGAGAACGGUGUGCAUCAAGUCAGCAUUCAACUAGACUUGGAGACUGUGUUUCAGUUUAGCCAUUUAGUCAUGACAUUCAAGAGUUUCAGACCUGCUGCAAUGCUGGUGGAGAGGUCAAAGGAUUUUGGUCGUACUUGGAAGGUGCUGAGAUACUUUUCCAUAGACUGUGCUAGCGACUUCCCCAGAAUCUCUGCAGGCCCGGCGGAAACUAUAGACGACCUCAUCUGUGACAGCCGCUACUCUGGAGCUGAGCCGAGUACCGAAGGCGAGGUGGUGUUAAAAGCUUUGGAUCCACACUUUCAUAUUGAAAAUCCAUUUGAUCCAAUCAUUCAAGAGCUCAUCACCAUGACUAACCUGCGAGUGAACUUUACACGUUUACUCACGCUGGGUGAUGACUUGCUGGGACGGAAGAGGAGGAACCCACAGGAUAAAUACUACUACGCCCUCUAUGAGAUGGUGGUCAGAGGGAGCUGCUUCUGCAAUGGCCAUGCCAGUCAGUGUAUGCCAGUUUAUGACACACGUGGAGAUAUCUUCAAUGAACCUGGCAUGGUUCACGGGCAAUGUGUGUGUCAACAUAACACCAUGGGGAGCAACUGUGAGAAGUGCAAGGAUUUUUACAAUGAUGCCCCCUGGAGGCCAGCUGGAAGCACUGACCCACAUGUUUGCAGAAAGUGCAACUGCAAUGGCCACUCUGAGCGAUGUCACUUUGACCUACAGCGCUAUAUGAGCACCAGGCAGGUCAGUGGAGGUGUGUGUGACGACUGCAGAAACAACCGCAUGGGCGCUGAGUGUGAACUGUGUAGGCCACAUUACUACAAGGACCCUCUGCGCUCUCUAAAUGACCCCAAUGCUUGUAUACCUUGCAACUGCAACUCUGCAGGGUCUCUGGAUGGUGGGUUGUGUGAUCCAGUGAGUGGACAAUGUGUGUGUAAGCAGAAUGUAGAGGGUGAACAAUGUGACCGGUGCAAGACUGGAUUCUACAGACUCAGCCAGGAAGACCCCGGGGGCUGCCAGAGGUGUAUGUGUAACUUCUUGGGCACUAUAAGCACCUCCCCAUGUGACCAGAACACAGGCCAGUGUAUUUGUGACCACUUUGCCCAUGGACCAGAGUGUAACCAGUGUGUGCCAGGAUACUGGGGACUAGGGAAUACAGUCUACGAUUGUCAGCCUUGUGACUGUGACAUAGGAGGAGCCUUCACUACUCUGUGUGCUUCAGAGAAUGGCCAGUGUCAGUGCAGAGCCAAUAUGGUGGGACGUCACUGUAGUGAACCUGCUCCUGGUUACUUCCUGGCUGCUCUUGAUUUCUAUCUCUAUGAGGCUGAAAAGGCUGCUCCUCUGGGCACCAAAUGCUCGGGAGGACCUAAUACUCCUACUGUACUACCUCUGUAUCCUACUACAACUCGUCCAUCACGCUACUGUCCACCAGGAACCAUAGUUCGUGAGCCUACACCACAGCCUUAUUACCGACCUGAGCCUACACUGCCGAGGCCUUAUGACCCUGACCCUCCUGUAUAUGAGAAUAAUUGGCCUACUGUAGCAUAUCAGACUUUACCUCCAGCUGUCCCCCUGCCUAACUGUGUGGACUACUUCAGAAGCAGAGGCUAUGAUGUUGAGUUCAGGGAUGGGAGGUUUGUGGUGGUUAAGCGUGAGAGCCGCCGAAAACGAAGACAAGGCCAGAGCACCAUUCCCCUGCAGCCAGGAUACCUCCAUCAGGUCAUCCUACGUCCACAUACCCCAGAUGAACCUAUUACCUGGACUGGACCAGGAGUUGUGCAGGUUCAAGAUGGAGCAGGACUCCGAUUUAUUGUCACCAACAUUCCUUUAACUCUUAACUAUCAUCUUGUUGUUCGAUAUGAGUCACAGCCCACAGAUGAUUGGACAGCCGUUGUAAAAAUUGUGCCAUUAGGGUCUCUUGAUGAAAAUUGUCCAUUUGAUCCAUCCAAGAAAACCUUCAUUCUUGCUAGCACCAGCAGGACUGCCAUCUUGGAUCCUUCUGUAUGUCUCAGCUCUGGCGUGAGGUACUACGUGGAUAUCACAUUUGAAAAUCCUGACCCUUACUGCAGCUCACAUAUUCUAAUUGAUUCUAUGGGACUGAUUCCAAAGAUGGAGUCUUUGCCAAAUUUCUGCUCUGAUGCAUCCCUGGCUCAGUACCAGCAGCAUCGGUGUGUGGAGUUAGGUGCACAGGCAGGAGAAAAUACUCUACCCGAGGUGUGUGAGAAACUGGUUGCCAGCAUGUCAGCAUACAUCCAUAAUGGUGCAAUUCCAUGUAGAUGUAACCCUGAGGGGUCAUUCAGCUCAUCCUGCAGUAAAUUUACAGGACAAUGUGACUGUAAACCCAAUGUGGUUGGCCGCUGCUGUGACACCUGCGCCCCUUUGACCUAUGGGUUUGGACAAAAUGGCUGCUCACCAUGUAACUGCGAACCAUCGGGUUCCAAAGCUGAGUUCUGUGACCAUAGAACCGGACAGUGCCAAUGCCAAAAUGGGAUCACGGGCCGACGAUGUGAUGGAUGUUUGCCCGGAUAUUACGGUUUUCCUAACUGCCGACCAUGCCAGUGUAAUGGGCUGUCUGACCUCUGUGACCAGAUUACUGGAGUCUGUCUGAACUGCAGGGGGCAUUCAACUGGGCCUCACUGUGAAAGGUGUGAUGAAGGUUAUGUUGGUGAUCCUGUACUAAGAGAAACCUGCCAGCCAUGCCGCUGCCCAGACGUGAAAGGCAGCGGCCGUUUCUUUGCUCAUUCUUGUAGAAAGGACCCAAAUUCUCUCACCCCAACCUGUCACUGCAGGACUGGGAAUCAAGGCUUACACUGUGAUAGGUGUGCACCUGGUUACUAUGGUAACCUGCUAUUGCCAGGCUCUAGAUGCCAAGAGUGUCCCUGCAACAACAACAUCGACCCCAAUGAUGGCGAGGCGUGUGAUGCUUUAACUGGCAAUUGUCUCCGCUGCUUGCAUAACACUUUUGGGCCUCAGUGCCAGACCUGUAAACCAGGAUAUUACGGCAAUGCACUGCUCCAGGACUGCAGAGUAUGCUCAUGUGACCAGCAGGGCACAGACAUGACUAAAUGCCCACUGGGUAGCCCCUGCAUAUGUGAUGAGGUGACUGGGCAGUGCCCAUGCCGUCGUGGUGUGGUAGGAAUCCGGUGUGAUCGUUGUGAGGAUGGAUACUGGAAUCUGAAUAGACAGUCUGGGUGUCAGCCCUGUAACUGUCACACGGGUCACUCUUCCAGCAAUCUGUGUGACAAGGUUACUGGUCAGUGUCCUUGUGAAACAGGAUAUGGUGGUAAACAAUGCCAGGAGUGUGCAGCUAAUCAUUUUGGAAACCCUGAUAUUCAGUGCAUAUCCUGCGACUGUGACAUGGAGGGCUCUGUCUACCCAGGCUGUGAUGCUGACACUGGUGAGUGUCUGUGUCGACCUGGAGUGAGUGGAAAUUUCUGUGAAAAGUGUGCUCCAGGCUAUGAUCCGGUCUUCCCUGCCUGCGAGCCCUGCCACCCUUGUUACCAUCUAUGGGGAGAAAAUGUUACAGACAUUUCAAAGGCCAUGGAAAACAUGCAGUCUUUAAUUUCUAAAUACAAAGGAAGUCUGUCACCCAGUGACAAGCGACACCAGGAAAAGAUACAAAAGUUGAAUGAGACUUUUAAGAGCCUGGUUAGCAUGCUAGGCUCUGACCAGGUUGAUUUGGAAAGCCUACAGAAUUUCCUGAAUCGAAUCAGGAACUUAACAGAAACCACAGAUCCCAACAUGAUUAUUAUUGAUCCAUCUAAUCUGCUGGAAACUGAAAUCGAUAACAUUUAUCAUGAGUUCAAAAAGUUACUGGAUGAUUUGCAUAAGAAAGUGAAAGACACCCAAAAAACAGAUAUAAAAAAGUUAAAUGACACACUGGAGAGGAUCCGUAAGCUCCAUACAGACUUCCUGAAAGAUGAAGAAAGGGUGAAGAAAGCUAGAAAUAAGAUAGACACUUCUAGGCAGACACGACAGGAAACAAAAAAAGAACUGUCCAGAUGCCAGCUGAGGCCCUUGGAUAUACUGGAGAAGAAGGUCAAAGGGCUCAGUGUGGCCAGACUAAAUGAGGAGAUUUGUGGCGCACCAGGUGAUGCAGAGUGUGAAAAGGCUGUGUGUGGCGGUGCUCUGUGUGGAAAGUGUGGUGGACCGUCUUGUACAGGAAGUCUACCUAUCGCCCUCAACGCCACAGACACAGCAAAGAAGAUCAAAGCAGGGAUUCAAAGUCUGCUCCAAAAUCUCACAGAGGCAGAAACAAAGAUAAAAGGCAUCAAAAAUACGAAUAAAGAUGUGAAAGCCAAGGCACAGAACAUGAUGAAUAAAAUCAUCAAGAGCAAGAGCAAGUUUGAAAAGGCCAAGAAUGACACCAGAAAACUUAUCGAGAGUGUCAGGGAAUACCUCCGAGACAUGAUGGAACCGGAAGACAUUGACAAGGUAGCCUCUGCCGUGUUGGCUAUUAAUCUUCCUAGAUCUCCAGAUGAGAUCAAGAAGAUGAUCCAGGAUAUUCAGAAGAUGAUGGAAAACUUCACACACAUUACAGAAGACCUGAAGGACCUGGAGGAUCAGGCUAAAUUAGCCAGAGACUUGAAAAAUAAGGCUGAUGAAAUCCUAAACAGAACUAAGGAAACUGAUGUCAGUGACAUAGAGCAAACCCUGAAGGACACUUCCCAACUCCAUGACAAGAUAAAGGAGAAGCUGAAUGAGGCCAAAGACAACAAAAAUAUUACCUCUGCAUUACUUGACCAGAGCGACACAAAACUAACGAAUGCUGAAGAGAACUUAAGCACGCCUCUGACCACAAGGCUGCCAGAGGAAAUCGAGGCUCUGAAGAAUAAAACAGAAAUGAAUCGUGCUCAGGCUUUGGAGGCAAAAACUGUAGCUGAUGCAGCAUUAUCUAACGUUACAGACACUAACAAGGAUCUUGAGGAAAUAGAAGAAAAGUUAAAAAAGCUGAAGAACAACACUCAAGGUCUAAACGAUUCAAUAACUGAGCACUUGAAGAACAUAACAAUGGAGGCUAAAAAUAUGGCAAAAGAUGUUGAAGAUAAAAUGAAGCAAAUUGAAGAACUGGAGAAAAGGAUUCAGAAUGCAGUGCGAGAUAAAAUGAACAAAAUGAAAGAACUGGAGGAUCUGUUGGCAGAGGUGACGAGCUUGCAGAAGUAUAUUGCUGACAAAGUGAUCAAUUAUACGCAGUGCGGCACUUAAGCCUGCAGAUGUCUCUGUCUUCACUUGCAACCACAAGCGAUGCCGCGUGUCCAGUCUUCAUGACUUUAGCCUUUAAUCUUGGUCUUGCCAGAAACAAAUUACAUACAGACCUCAAAAAGUUCUUCAUUGAUUUAGAAUGCAAUUCCACUGUGUGUGCUAUAUUAAUCACACAGUUUUUUUAAACCAGCUCCCAAGCCCAAAAGAGAGUAAAAUAUUUAUCUGACAGAUCUGACAUUUUAAGAACUAUCUAUAUAGUAAUUUUAGUACAUUUACUUUGUUACCCUUUGUUGUGUAACUCCAACCACCAAUAAAUUAAGGUCUACUAUUUAAUCAGUGUGCUGGGGUUUAUACAGACGUGGAUUCUUUCGUUUUAAUUUGAUAGCAUUUGUAACUCUAUUAUCUUUUACAACGUCACGAGUAAGACGUCUUUGUUAUUGGAGCAUGGCAAUUCUUAUUUUGUGUAAACAAUUAGGCACUGUGAUGAGAUUGUAUGUCAAUAACAAUUAGUUAUAAUGAUGAGAUUAAAGCCAACAUUCGGCUUUGGAUGCCUGCUGAUUUCAAAUGUCUAGCCCGAAGGCCCCAGCUAUCUCUAGCCUUUUUGUUCAGGGGUGUGAACAACCAGACGACAACCAUUUCUAUUCAGUUGCAAAAUCACAGACGUCCUUGACUCAUCACGUUUGAUCUCUGAUACAUUUUAAUUACAUCGCCUCACAUUCACACUUAUUUCAAUUCCCGGUUUAUAAGCAAAAAUAAAUACAGUUAUAACAAUAUGUGAAUUAUAACCUUUGUGUAUAAUUUAAAACUAAAUUAUAAAAUACAAGAAAUACAAUUAAAAUAAAACGUAAAACUAGAAUAUAAAAAUGUAAAAAAAUA